AUUCGGAAGGAUCUGGAACCCUUUACGACACUGUUGACAACGGAAGCUUUCUCCACUGGGUGUCGGAUGAUUAUUUUCAAGUUAUGACUUAGUUUUCCACAGACAGGCGUCGUUAAAUGAAUGUUUUCGAUUUAUUUCGUGGAUUCUUCGGUGUACCUGGAGGUCAUUCUCGUGGCCAAAGGGACCCCUUCUUCGAUGCAAUGACUCAUGAUGAUGACGAUGAAGACGACAAUGAAGAAGAUGGAUUCUCCUGUGAUGGGUUCUGCGGGGAACCGCAGGACCCCUUUGACAGGGCCUUGAGGUUUGGCUUCAGCGUUGGCCCCGAUGGGAUGAAGAUGCAGGAGCCGCCGGUGUUUGGCCAAGUCCUCAGGGACAUGGAGGAGAUCUUCUCCCAGCUGGGCCGCUGGGAUGGAGAGCCACAGCUCGGGCACUCUGAUGUUCCCAGCAUCGGGCCCCCACCGCCACCUCAGGGCAGAGCAGAGAGGGGUGCAAGGGGAUCCGGUGCGAACCCCCUGAGGGACUUUAUGCUCAAGUCCCCUUACGACAACCCACAAGGACCCCAAGCGGCGCCGUCCAGGGAGCCCGGAAGGGAUCACCGCCCAUCUUAUGAGUCCCCAGACUUCCCCAGCUCGCAAUUCCAUGGGUGGACCCCUUUUUCAAAGUUUAAUGAUAUCCGGGAGAGAGGGCCACAAACAUCCACUGAGGAUGGGCGCAAAGAAGACCGAGAUCUGGACUCUGCAGUGUCCUCUAGGGGCUUGGAUCAGAUUCUGACUCCACCUGCUGGACACCACCCGAACCAACCCAGAGCCCGCUCGUUCUUCCAGUCCGUCGUAGUCACCAAGGUGGUGAAACCUGACGGGUCUGUGGAGGAGAGGCGAACAGUUAGAGACGGCAAAGGCAACGAAGAGACCACGGUGACCCGCUCAGGAGGUUCUGGUGGCCAAGAGGCGCCGGACCACCACACCGAGCCUAUUGUGUCAGGUGAUCAAAAUCCCUUUUCAGACAUGCGGGAUGAUGGCUCCUUAUUCUCUAAGUUCUUUGGAGGGUAUAGAUAACGUGAUGUAUAAUGGAGGACUUGGAGACUGGUGGACCGUAGCUUCGGUGCCCUGAAAACAUUUCAGUAUCUGAGUGAUUUCCCCAGAGCUGUGAUUUUGCAUAUGUAUAGUUUAUGUCUAUAUAUGGACAGAACGCGUCCACGACCUUCAAUGAAAAUGAACAAUGCCAAAAUGUGCGUGUUGGAUGGAUUAUGAACAUCUGGCCUGAAAAAUAGCAAUCUUAACAAAUAACAACACACAUCGGGUAGUAAACUAUAUUACAUAUUUUGUU